GUAGACUUUAUAACUCGACAGGUUCUAUGGAGCUGACCUAUAAUACAGUUCAUAGAUUCCAGUACAAAUUUGCAGGAUUUUUAAAUAUGUAAAUCUUUGCCUGCGUUGGCUGCCUUAUGUCUCAUGCAGCCCUGCAGCAGCAGCUGUUGGGACAGUGUGUUCAAACUCCUGUGAGCGUUCAGCACCCUCCACAGGCUGGUGCGCUGAUUGGCUGAGCCCUGACUGUGAUGUCAUCAUUGCAUGCUAUAAGGGCUCUGAGACACAUCGGAGGAAACACUGCUCAACUGAACGACUUAGUAGAGAGACAUGGAGCUCAACGCGAACAGAAAGUAGAGUGGGCAUGUGAACCUUGCCAGUCUUACAGGAAGUUAUUUCAACACUGACAAUUUUGACAUUUUUAUGGGAGGCUGGGAGCAAAACAACGACCUGUCGAGAUGGGAAGUACCGUCACUCCAUUUCCCCAGAAUACGACCACUUCGUUCAACAAGACCCAAGACAAGAGUCUUAGUGAGACGGCUAUGAUCGUGAUGGGCAUCUGGAGUUCUUUCCUGGUGAUGGUCAUCGUCUUCGGCAACAUCCUGGUUAUAACAUCAAUUGCUCGCUUUCAGCGUCUCCAAACGGUCACCAACUGCUUCAUCACAUCCCUGGCGAGUGCAGACCUGGUCAUGGGUCUCAUGGUGAUUCCCUUCGGUGCUAUGAACAUCAUCUUUGAGAAAUGGCACUUUGGUGGAUUCUGGUGCGACUUCUGGACUGCCACCGAUGUCCUCUGUGUGACUGCAAGCAUCGAGACCCUUUGCGUCAUCGCUAUUGACCGCUACUUGGCCAUCACGUCACCAUUCCGCUACCAGUCACUACUGACGAAGAGCAGAGCUCGAAUGGUGGUCGUCUUGAUAUGGGUGAUUGCUGCUUUGAUUUCCUACCUGCCCAUUCAUAUGCAGUGGUGGAAAUCCAGAAAAAAAAGCGCAGAAGUUUGUUUAAAUAAUCCGGAGUGCUGCGAGUUUUAUACAAACCCGGAAUAUAGCGUCACCUCCUCUAUCGUCUCUUUCUACAUCCCUCUAAUCAUCAUGAUUUUUGUCUACAGCCGUGUUUUCCAGGCAGCCAAACAGCAGCUAAAAAAGAUUAACCAAAGUGUUGGGCGCUUUCAAGUUGACAAUAAUGAUUCUUCGGAGGACAAGAAUGGACGUCGACAAAAGAAGGCAAAGUUUUACUUGCGUGAACACAAAGCCCUGAAAACUCUGGGCAUCAUAAUGGGGACCUUCACUCUUUGCUGGCUGCCAUUCUUCAUCCUCAAUAUAAUCGAUUCCAUAUCGGCCGUGAACGUUGCCGCAUUUAAGAUUCUGAACUGGAUAGGCUAUUCCAACUCUGCCUUCAACCCUGUCAUUUACUGCCGGAGUCCUGAAUUCAGGCACGCUUUUAAGAAACUCCUUUGCUUCAGGGGGAACCACCAGGGCGACCCAGGACCAACGAAUGGAUACAUCAACAGCAGGAACAGCUGGCAGAGUGACCAGCAAGGGAGGAGCAAGGGCAAUUCAGAGGACAGUGAUCCCAACGAGACGUGUCUGCUAAAAACCAUAGGGGACCCCAAUGGAAACUGCAACGAAGGUUUAGCAGCUGUCACAACUCCGUUUUAAGCAUGGAGCACUGACCCUUCAGUGAACAGAGAAAGCUAAAGACUGUACGCUUAUAAACAUUUAGGCUUUUCUCCUGGUGGCUGAUUAAGGUAAGGCCAGGCAAAGUGGCUGGCAGUGUUUCAAAAGUGUUUCUGAGAAACUGCUACAAUCACUUCAAGCUGAGGAACAUUUUUUUUAAGUUAAAGAUAGAGACUAUAUACUUUAGGUAGAUUUUUUAAAAGUAUUUGUUUGAUUAUAUGAUGACUACAUCUACCUCCUCACAGCUUUACAGUGUUAUUUUCUUUACUGGCUUAUAUUCUUACCUUUGGAGUUAAACGAGAGCUGCGUUAAGCCUAAUGGCAUGUGAAUGGUACAUUUGCAGAUUAUAAGGUUUCAACCAAAACUUCUGGGCAUGCUUUAUUUAUUUAUUUUUUGUUCUUUCUUCAGCAUUAAAAUGUUAUUGGAGAUUUUAGUACGAUUUACUAAACCAAAGAAUGCAUUCGCAUGCGGGAAUUUUAAACCAGUCUUGUUCUUUGCAUCUGAAAUUACAUUCCGAGGAAUCCAUGAAUCUGUAUUGGCUACACGUGAGGCAAAACACGUCUAAAUCCUGCUCUGAAGUGCAGGCCGUUUUUAAAGGAGUUUAUGUUGUCAGCAGAAAGCACAUAAGAUACGGCUGGCUAAUCUAGAUCUUAGGAACGCCUGUAGCUGUUCGACUAAUGCCAUCAUAAACAUCAAAGCUUGUUUUAUCAGACAAAUAACUGUAAAAAUACCUAUAAUUUUUGGGUAGAUAGCUACCUUCAAUAGAGUUAAUGUAAAAACUUGGCUUGAAACGUUUUCAUAAAGUCUAACAUGUUUUCCACUAGAUUGGUUGCAAAUUUAAAACCACUUUUUUUUGGUCACAAAGCAAAUUAUUUUUCCCCUGUGCAACAGCAGCAGUUGACCCUUGGCUGCACGAGCCUUGUUUGUUUAUCAGAUUUUGCAGUUGCCGUGUUUCAGUAUGUGCACAGUUUACCGCAACCAGAGAAGCCGUUUCCUCAUAGUGCAAGGGUACAGACGACGCAUAAUCAUAAACAGGGUGUGAAUGCAGCCGAGUGACGAAGUUCCAGGGCGAGACGCGACAGUGGAGCCAGCAACCAGACAGAAAAAAAACGUCCAAAGCUCGCGUAUAGUACACUCCUUGUUUAUUUUCUUACUAUCUCUUUGUGUGUGUGUGUGUAAUCAUUGUGCCAUUUGGACAAGGCACUCGGGAGUCUGCAGAAACGUGCCUCGGCUUCAGUUGUUUCAGUCAGUUUUGGUCAGUCUUAUUUAAAUGCCCCUUAAUGUGCAGCCUCUAGAUGAGGCUUCAGUCCAGCUGAGGCCAAUUCUAACAAACAUGUUUAGCUAGAGAAUCAUCACCUCCUAAAAAAACAAAAGAGGGAUCCAAUAUUUUUUUUCUUUUUUUUUUUACCGUCAUCCACCUUAAAAUUGCAUAUAUUUUCGAGGAAAGCUACCAUGGACAAUGAGCACUUAUAGAAAACAGGGAAAAAUGUCAAGGUGUUGAUGUAGCUGCAGCACCUUUCCUUGGCAGAAGUAUGAUCUGGUCAAAGAGACAGCACACUAAAUGUAGCUUCUAAGACAGGAGGGGGGGGACCAGGGACUCUGCCAGGCUAAAUCUGUGUUAGUGACCUGUAUUUUAGUGCAUGUAGCAUCGCCUCCGACCGGGCUUAGAUUUGCUGACACAUCCAAAACUGUGAACUUUGUUCCUCCAGAGGGAAACUCUUAUGUACUGUAUCGCAGGGUUUGGUGAGUGCUGUUAUCACAGACCUUAGGAGUCGACGUAAACACGGUGUCAUCAUACGUCAAUGUUUGCCAUGUGAAAAACAAGCUUUCCAGUGUGCUGAUCUUUCUCUGUUUUCCUUUUUUGUGGAUUUACAGCAAAGUAAAUGUACGAGGUUGAAUGUCAUAGGAAAUGUUUCUUUUGGACUGUUCUUUUUACAUUUCCACUGUACAGCAUGCCAAAAGCACAAAUCUGAUAUUAGACCAAGUUUGUACAUAUCCACUUAAAAAAAGGCACUAAUUUACCAACAUCCCAGUCUUUUUGUUUGAAAUCCAAAAAAAAAGAAAUGUAAUUCUUGGAAGCACUCUACAAGUGUUUGCACGUCUGUUUAAUGGUGUUGUGUUUGUGGACCUGCGUGCUCCUCUCUUUCAAAGUGGUCUGGCUGUGAACUGCACAUCCACACUGCUCCCUCCUGGCAGUGGACUCUCUUUGCACCUCAGGCGUAUAAAAAAAAAAAAGGUUUCAUCAAAAGCCCUGUACAUUGCAGAAUUCAAGCCUUCACAUUCUCGUAGAAAACCUACGUGCAAUGAGCCUUGAACGACGAGCUGACGCCAUUCCAAGCACAGCUGAUGUUUUAUGUCAGUGCACAUUCAGUUCUCCCUCCAAUGUCUUGUUCCAGAGCACAUACUGCUCUGUGCACUCUGAAACAAUAGGUACUCUCCAAGGAGGAUUAUAGGUCACAGUAAAAGCGAGUCUUAGGGGUUAUUUUACAGUUUUGUGUCUGUAUCAUAUUGGGUGCCGUAUGCUAUGUUAAUAUGACAAUUGAACCUAAACUGGCACUGUAUAGCACUUUCAGGAGAUUUAGAAAAUCUGAACAAAAUAUUUUACAAACUUAAAAAAGUAAAAGGUUUGUGUUUAUUGUGUUUUUUGUCAAAGAAAAAAAUAGACUUGCUGCAUUUCGGGGCAGGUGUUGCUCAAAGCUUCAAUAUAUAUAUUUUUUUCUAUAAAGUUCAAGAUUUCUUCAUUAGAAGAGCAAACUUGUCACCUUUUCAUUUUGAGUGGAACACUCGCCUGAAUGUUUACUAAGUGUUUGCAAGCUAUUUUCGCACAAGUUCCUGUCACUGUUAAAGUCUUGAAGCCUGUUGUGAAAAGUGGUUCCCUGUGGUAUUUAUUAUUAAAACAAGCGUGUGUGAUAUGUUACAUUUUUAUUGAAAUAAAUGAUGUACAUGUUCUGUGUAA